AUGGGAGGGCAUAGGAAUUUGGAGGAGUGGGAUUUCUUUAAGGAGAAACUGCAUAUGGCUUAUAAGUUAGAAGGGGAUUUUUGGCAGCAGAAAGCUAGGGUGAAUUGGUUAAAAGAUGAGGACAUGAAUACUAGAUUUUUUCAAGCUAGUGUGAGACAGAGAAGAAAUGUGAACAGUCUGAUUAACCUAGUGAAAGUUGAUGGGAGUAGAUGUUCUGAUAAUAUUGACAUUGUUGCUGAGUUGGAUAGGACUAGAAAUAUCUGGGUAUUUGAAGGAAAGAGACUAACUGAUAAGGAGGUUGUGGAUGGGGCUUGGAAGGAAUGGAGGGAAUUUGAAAUUAUCAAUGAGGGAUUUGGUCUUUAUGAGCAUGGAGGUGCAUCUGAAUUCCUGAAUGUUAGAGUGGUAGCUGAAAGAGGAGUAGGACAGUUAAUCCUAACUGUCAGUGCUUGCCUUUUUCCAGAUGGUGUUGUGGGCUUUGGAGGUCUGGUUGAAGUUGAGGGACAAGAGCAAUGUAGAUGGAUGGAAGUCUGUGAAAGGGCUGAGGAUUCUGAAGAAGCUACGCUUAGAGGUGUAAGAUGGGGACUGAAAAGGCUCCAAGAAGCUGGUUAUUCUCCUUCACAAUCCUUAUGCUGCAGAAUAGACUCCUCACAGAUUGCUCAUAUGUUGAACCAGAGGGCUGAAGCUCCAUGGCAUGUGAUGGCUGUUGCUGCUGAUAUCUAUUCUUUUGCUGGUUUUUCCAUAGAUUGUUUCUUCUGUUAUGAUAAAUUUGCUUGCAUUUCUGCUUUUGAUUUAGCCUUGAAGGCUUGGGUGAAAUUUUCGUAUGGUACGUCAGGGUUCCGAGCUGAGGCAUCGUUGCUUGAGUCGACCGUGUUCCGUGUGGGAAUACUGGCAGCACUCAGGUCCAUCCAGACAGGGUCCACGAUCGGCCUCAUGAUCACGGCCUCACACAACACCGUAACGGAUAACGGGAUCAAAGUGGCGGACCCGUCCGGCGGGAUGCUGACUCAGCAAUGGGAGCCAUUUGCCGAUGCUGUUGCUAAUGCCUCGGACCCACUUGCUCUCAUUCAGUUGCUGGAUGAUUUUGUGAAGAAGGAGAACAUUACUCUUGAACGAGCCCCUGCAGCGGAAGUAUUUUUGGGAAGGGACACGAGACCAAGUGGGAUGUCUCUUGUUGAGGCUGCUAGACGAGGUAUAAAGUCAAUUAUAGGAGUUUCUGUCACAGAUAUUGGAGUUGUGACAACCCCACAACUGCAUUGGAUGGUUCAUGUGAAAAAUAAGGGCUUAGAAGCAUCUGAGGAUAAGUACUUUGACCAGCUUUUAACUUCUUUUCAGUGCUUGCUAGAUUAUAUUCCGCAAGGAAAUAUUAGCAACAAGGUGAAUGACCAAUUGAUCGUGGAUGGGGCUGAUGGUGUUGGUGGACAAAAGCUUUUACAGUUGAAGUCAAAGCUGAGUAAUUUAACAAUUGAUGUUCGUAAUUUUGGUGAUGGUGUACUUAAUGAAGUUGCAGGUGCUGAUUAUGUGCAGAAAGAGAAGGUUGUACCACGCGGUUUUGGUCCUGCUGAUGCUGGCAUGAGAUGUGCCAGUUUAGACGGAGAUGCUGACCGGCUUGUAUACUUCUCUGUUUUACCAAAUAGUAACAAGAUUGACCUUGUUGAUGGUGACAAGAUACUGUCCUUGUUUGCUUUAUUUCUCAAGGACCAAUUAGGCGUUCUUAAUGGGCCUGAAAACCGAAAAAAUGCUAAUAAUUCUUACCAAGUCUCUCUUGCUGUAGUACAGACAGCUUAUGCUAACGGGGCCUCCACUGAUUACUUGAAACAGUUAGGCCUCGAGGUUGUGUUGACUCCAACAGGAGUCAAAUACCUUCAUGAAAAAGCUGCCGAGUUUGAUAUCGGCAUAUAUUUCGAGGCAAAUGGGCAUGGGACUAUUUUGUUUUCAGAUAAUUUUCUGUCCUGGUUGGAGACUAGAAACAAUGAACUUUCAAUAUCAUCAGAAGGUUCGGAUGAACACAAGGCGGCUUUGAGGUUAUUGGCCGUGAGUAAAUUGAUUAAUCAGGCUGUUGGGGAUGCAUUAAGUGGGUUGCUAUUAGUGGAAGCUAUCUUGCAGCAUACAGGCUGGUCUAUCCAUAAAUGGAAUGACCUCUAUCAAGAUUUACCGAGCAGGCAGCUCAAGGUGAAGGUUGUCGACAGGACAGCUGUCAUUACAGAAAAAGCAGAAACUGUAGUUGUGAGCCCAGUUGGUUUACAAGAAGCCAUUGAUGCUGAAACAGCUAAAUACCCAAGAGGAAGGUGUUUUGUACGACCCUCGGGAACAGAGGAUGUGGUUAGAGUGUAUGCUGAAGCGUCUACCCAAGAAGCAGCAGAUAAUUUGGCUCGUUCUGUAGUAAGGUCUGUCAAUCAUUAUCUCGGCUCUCAGCAAUAG